GGGCUUCGUGGGCAGCCGGAGGAGGGGCUCGCCUCCCUCCCCCUCCCCUUCCUCCUCCUCCUCCUCGUGGUGUGACCGGGAGCGGGGCCUGCUCCUCCCCCUCCGCGGGGACCGGCUGGAGCCCGACGUGGUGGAGCUGCUCCCCUGCGCCCGGGGCGUCUACCACCUCCGCAGCCGCGGGAAGGGCUUCUGGGGCGUGGGCGGCGAGGGGCGCCUGUUCUGCGGGGGGCGCGCGGCGCUGAACUUCUGCCUGGAGCUGCGGGGCCCCCACCGCCUGGCCCUGCUCGCCCCCAACGGGCUCUACGUCCGAGGAGACCACCGCGGCGCCCUCCGCGCAGACGCCCGCCACCCCCAGCACUGGGACUUCUAG